UUUGUUGACGUAGAGCGCAAAUACACAUACAGAUGAAGAUAACACAUGUUAUAGGGAGAUACCGUAAAAAAGAAUACUGUGAAAUGAUCUAAACCCUACUCCAGUGUGAAUUCCGCCAUCUUGAGAAGUAUAAAUUACAAAGUCGCUGCAUUUGGGGAAAUUAAGACGCAUCUUUAACAUACUAAUACUCCGCCGGACAAAAUGACAGAAGUGGACGAUAAAAAGGAAACCCAAGAGUCUAAAGAGGAAGUGAUAUGUCCGAUUUGUUCUAAUUUUGAGCCUCAAGCAUGGCGGAAAAACAUGUGUAGAAACUGUUUUCAUCCUCUGGACGAACACGGAUCGAAGGAGGAAAAUAAUGAUAUCAGUUCAGCGAAGGACAAGAAACUCGAGAAUGACAAAGUAAAUGAUAUGCAGAAAAAGAAAUCCGAAACGGAUACAUCAAAAAAGAAAGGUGAGCCUCCAAAAACGUUUCCAAAAUCAAAAAAUCCUAAUUUAUCUGUUGACAUUUCCAAGAAAGAUACAAGCGGUACUAGUAGUUGUAACAGUCCCAUUAGUCCAUUAAAGAAAACAGGUUCAACGUCUAUCAAAUCACCAGAAUCCAAAGAUUUUAAAUCGAAAUCCCCGCUAUCUCCAACUAAGACGCCAGAUGAUUCAAAAUCAAAAGGAAGAGAAAGUUUAUUCUCUCAAAAGAAUGUUUCUCAUAGUAGGUUUGAGACCAAAAAAGCUGAAAGUUCGAAGGAUAGUGAGAAACAUGUAGCCUCAGCGCCCAGCGCAUUAACAAAAUGGAAAGAAAAUGAGAAUAAAAGUCUAUCAAAAGAUAAAGGGCCAUCUGGAGAGGAAAACAAACAAAUUGGUAAACAGGCACAAUCUAAGGCUGAUGAUAAUAAGAAUAAGUUAGAUGAAAAGGCGAGUAAAUUUCAAAGCAAGACCCCUGGUCCUAAAGAUAAAAAAGAACAAGAUGCAAAGACACCAGGCUCGUCAUCGCUAACUAACAGAGACAAUACACCCAAAUCAAAGACAGAUGAUGCAAGCAAAGUUCGACAAUUCGCCAAAACAUUCGGCUCUGACUUGGAAGAGAGCCGAUGUAAUACCUUGGAGCGUCAGAAGAAGGAAAAGUCAGCUACCACCGCGCCUGCUAAUGAUCAAUGCAAAUCGGCAAUAAAAAAUCAGUCAACUCCAGAGGCAACUCAGAAGGAUACCAACUCGACCAGUGGCAAGGAGAAAGAGUCGUCUGCUCUUUACGAAAAGAUCAGUAGAUUUACACACACCGGAUUAAAAAAGACAGACAAAAAUGAUAAAUCUUAUGGGUCAUUGGAUAGAAAGAGACAGAAGUCCGAAGAAAAAACUCCCGAAACUUCAGCUGAAGCGGGCAAAAGAAUUGAUGCAGAGUUGGAGACAGUGAAAAAGCAGCUCAGUUGUAUGGAAAUAAAAUGUAAAUCUUUAGAAAGCGAAAACGACAAGUUAAGAUCUGGACUGAAAGAGAAAGAGACUGUUGAACACAGCCUCAAAACGCAAAAAGCUGAGGUAGAAAAUGCGAUUAAAAGUCUUCGUGAUACGCUUCAAUCAAUGGCAGAUAGAUGUGGCAAACUCGAAAAUGACAACGAUACACUCUUGGAUAAACUAAAGGCGCAACAAAUACAACAGCAAGAGGCUUUGACAACAGCAAAUAAAGAAGAAAUUGAAAGCAUGGAGGCCCAACUUUCAGAAAGUGAAAAUGACAUUGAAAAUAUCAAGUCGGAAAACGAAGAUCUCAGGCAAGAAAUCCUUGACCUUAAGGUGGAAAUGGAGGAAAUGUAUGACAGCUUCCGAGACCAAGAGGCCGAGGAGUUCCGAGACCUUCAGAGAGAAUUGGAAAUGACGGCCAAGAAUUGUCGCGUUUUACAGUUCAAGUUAAGAAAAGCUGAACGGCGGAGUGAACAAGUUGAAAUUGAUCGCCAAUCAUGCGAAGAGAAACUUCAUUUGUUGCAAAAUCAGUUUGAGGAUGCCGAUGCACGAGCUCAUAUAAGGAGCAUUGAAGACGAGUUACGAAUGGCAAAAGAGGUUUCUGUGAGGCUUCACGAUGAGCUGGAUAUUUUGGACGACAAACGACAGAAAUGUGAGGAGGAAAACAGCCAUCUCACACGCCUUCUAGAACAGUCUGACAAAAAGCAGUUCCGGUUAGAGAUGGAGGUCGACAAAUUGCGUGAUCAGAUGGCGGAUUUGCGACGGCAACUAGCAGAACGAUCUCAAAAUGCUGGCACCCCUUCUGCCGAGGAAGCGAACGAUCGCAAGGUACUCCUUGGAAGAAUAGGCAAACAGGGGAGUCAGGAUCAGGACGUCUCUCAGCUGAUGAGGGACCUGUACGACAGCAUGGAGCGAGAAACUGAUCUCAAAGAUCAACUCAAGUUUGCAGAGGAAGAAACGAAGUCCAUGCGGAAGAAGUUGGAAGAACUGGAAGAAGAAAACGACACGCUUAUACAGCAACUCAAGAAAAUGUCGACUGCGCAAGUCACAAGACGGGAAGAACCGACGCAAGGUGGCGCGGUAACGGAAACGGAAGUGGAGCUAAAGGUUCAGCUGGAUUUGAAUGAACAAGAUUUGCUUCUGUCCAAAAAGAAAAUUCAAGACUUUGGAAACGAAAACGAAAAACUGAAAGAGGAAAUAGCAAAUCUGAAGAAACUUAUUCAGGAAAAAGAUCAGCAACUGUAUGUCAUACCCGAACCCUCUUCGCCAAAUGCGUACUAUGAAGACAAAAUGAAGGAAAUGAGGCUAGAAGCAGACGACUUGAGGUGGAGGAUUAUAGAAAAGGAGCGUGAAAUCAGUUGCCUAUAUGUACAGCUGAGUAACUACCAAACAAGGCAAUCGAGCAAACCCAGAAAAACGAACUCCUUUGACAGCGAAUAUUCGCAAGUUGUUGACCUUAAAAAACACUUAGAAUAUGUGAUGCAAGAGAAUUCCGAACUCAAAGAGAAAAUGCAUGAUCUUGAAGAUCAACAAGGUCAUUCGUUACGUAAAAGCAAGAGUCCUAUACGAAUUGAAAGUCAGGUUUUUGAGAGCAGCCGUCAAUCGCCUGCAAAGAACAAUGUUGAAAUGAUUGGGAAAACAUCUUUAAGUGAUGCUAAUGUAAUGUUUACAAACUCGAAAGAUGAUGAAAAUCAUUCGCUUUCUCAUACGGAUCAAACAGACACAGCACACAUUAUUUCUAAUACUGAUGUCUUGAGAGAUCCCAUAACUUCUACACUUGCAGACAAUGAGAUGGCAAAUCAACAUGACAGCGAAACCUGUGACCAAAAACUGAAGGCUCUUGAAUUAGAAAACCAGAAUCUGCAGUUGAAACUGUCAGAACUGACGAAAGAAAUCGAACUUCUGCAGCAGAAUAUAAGUAAUGACGCUCAGGAAAAGAAGGAUGCAAAAGAAGAAGGACAGGAGAGCCGCGAGGAGUUGAUGGACACCAUAUUGGAUCUCGAGGAGGAAGUGGAGUCCCUGACAGAGAAACUGAAACAGAGAAACGAGGAGACUGCCAGUCUGAUAAAGAAAGAAAAGGAAUAUUUGACACAAAUCGAGAAGAUAGAAGACGACUACAGAAAGAAGGAACUUGAUCUUCUCAACGAUUUGGACAUCUCUCAAGACAAAAAUGAGAUUCUCAGUAAUUUACUGGACAUCGUCAAGGAGCGUGCGGACGCGGCCGAGCGUGAAUUAGAGCGUGUCGCAGCCUCUUUCUCAGUCGCAAGCGACGGAAGUGGACGAAGUGCAAGGGUCAUCAGUACCUGCAGUGACGUCAGUGUUGGAAGUGACGAAGUGUUUGAUGGGGCAUCCCCCGGUGUAUCUCCUGGUUUAUCACCUGUCUUGCCUGGCAGUCCGGAAUCUCCACUGAAGAGACAGGUCAUCCAAAAGGACUGGGAUAACCAGUUUCGUAAAAGAAUUGAUUGCUUGGAGCGUCUACUGGCAGAGGAAAGACAAAAACUAGCAGCGACAGAAAAGAAAUUAGCUCUUGUGUCUACGGAGAAUAUCUCUACUGCCAUGUCCGACGACGCCAAACUUUUCGCUAGGGAAAAGGAACUCCUUCAAGCAGAGGUUUUAGAAGGAAAAAAACUUUUGAAGAUUGCAACCGAUCAAAUCAAGGGACUACGUGAACGAAUGUUCACCCUAGAAGAAGAAAACCGAUGUCUUCGAAUCACCUAUGCCAACGAACUUGCCGAAAGUGAGGAGUCAGAAAAUGAGAAGACACCGUCCUACCACAUCGAUGAGCGACCGCCUAGCUUUGAUGUGGCUAUGAAAGAUGCGUCUAAAACCCAAACCACAACCGAUGUAUCCAAUUACAGAGAAAGAAUUGCCAGUUUGGAAAAACAGUUAAAAGAAGUAGAAGCACAAUGGAGAGCAAAAUGUACCACCAUCGAAAAAGAAAAGAAUGAGUCCCAGCAGCGACUUCGAGACCUAACUAUAGACUCCGAGGCGCUCCGGGGGUCUCUGAAGGGGUUCAAAGAAGACGUGUGUAUAAAACAAAAACAGCUCAGAGAAAUUGAAGAGAAAAUUACUGUAAAUUCGGAUAUUUUAAAAAGAAAGGAAGAAAUUAUCAACGAACAAGAGGAGAUAAUCAAGCAAAGAGAGGAAGACUUGCAAUCGCUUCUCGAUCAAAUCUCGCAAAGGGACAAUGAUAUACGAGAUUUGCGCGAGAAAGUGCACCCAAUCAACGAGAAAUUAAAAGAUAAGGAAGAAAUAAUAAAUUCUUUGAAGGAUAUAAUAGAUUCAAAGCAAGAUGAAAUAAACUAUCAAUCUGAGGAAAUUUCUGAAUUGAAUGAAACAAUAGAACUUAAACAGAAUGAAAUCGAUGAACUGAAAGGAAAUACAAAAACCCAAAAUGUCACGAAAGCAGAAUGGGAACAGGACAACAAGCAACUUAAAAAUGACCUUGAAUCAAUGGCCUCCAACCUCGGUAAACUACAUACAGACAAUUGUACGUUACAGGAAGAGUUAGAAAAAACUAAGCAGGCACUAAGCGAGGCGAUGGUCUUGUGGAACAAAGAUCGUUCACAGAUUGAAAUAGCCUACAAUGUAGCUAAAGAGAAGUUACGAAUGUAUGAGGAGACAGCAGCAAAGAAAGAGAGUCAAAUCGUAGGUCUUUUGCGAAAGGAGACCCAUAAGUUGUUGGAAAGUAAGGAAAAAAUUUCAACUGAAUUCCGAGUCACAAAAAUUGAACAUGAAGCAAACAUGCGAACAUUAAAAUGCGAGAAACUCAAGUUACAAGAUGAACUUACACAAAAAAUCCGCCAGUUAACAGCUGAAAUGACAUCAAAUGAUAAAAUGAAAGAAGAGCUUGACAGAUUAAGAGCACAAGAAGAUGUAGCUUAUCAAAUCCAAUACCAUGAAAAAGUGCUCCGUGCCGAAUAUUUGGCUAUGAAAGUCAGAUACGAAACGAGAUUAGAAAAUCUGCAGAAAGAACACAUGAAGCUUCUUGGCGUUUUAGAUAAACUGCAACGAGAAAAGGUCCUCAAUCAAGAGAUGAUAAAAGGCGUACAGAAAGGAAUGGGGACUAUGAAAGAAACUUACACCAAGGAUUUAGAGCACUGGAAAGAGGAAAGAAAUGUGCUAGAAAAGCACAUCAAAGAGAUUGAGUCCAGUCGAAAAUUAGCGGCAGAACUUGAGCGGAAAGUGGAAGAAUUAAAACAGCAACUGGCAGACCAAGAGUACGAACGCGCCGAAAUUAUAAACCGGAUGACCACAGAACGAUCUAAAUGGGAACUGGAGAGGUCGGGAAUGCAGAGUCACAUGAAUCAGCUGGAGGAAAAACUGGAUACAGUUGCGUACUCUCAAUACAGAACAAAAGACAUGCAGAGCCGCAUGGAGGUGGCCUGGGAAUCAGAGAGAGCUGAACAGAAACGGCUUCUGAAUGAGGCACACGAACUGGCCAUGGAUCUGCAGAGGCAACUGAAAUGCCGCGAUGACGAGCACUCAAGGGAGCGAAGGGCCUUACUAGAGCAGCUGAAAAAACUCCGAAAGGAACUGGACGAGGAACAGAUGUUGAGGGAAAAGAGACUUAAACAGAUUGAGACCAGUAAAAGAGAAACGGAGGAUUUAAAAACGAAAUUAAAAGAGAUGUGCCAACGUUCCGAAAAGGACCAUGAAGUAUCCAUGAAAGAAAGAGUUGACUUAGUGCGCCGUCUUGCGGAUUUUCGCAGAAGUCAUAAACGUGAUCAGAGACGAAUUGAAGACGUUUUAUCAGAGUUAACGAGACUUCGAGAGCUUGCGUCAAUAGUCAUUGAUUCCGAGGAUCCGGACGUGGACACCGACAUCGUGUCCCGAUUAGAGCAGCUCUCAAAACCGGAAUCCAAAAGACUGUCAAUCCAUGCCAGCACAGAUAUACAACAAAAAAUAAACGAGGUUGUUUUGCAGUAUAUGAAAGAGUCUCUGAAGGAAAUCCACUUUGCGGCGGAUAAUUUAUCAAGACCCAGUUCCCGAGGAUCAUCCGAGGAUGAGAGGCGAAGACUUAGAAGAAGUAUUUCAAGUUCGGAACUGGAUUUCUUGUUGAAAGACGAAGCAGUUGUUGAACAACAGAUAGAACACUUGAAAGAUUCAAGAAGGAACACACCAACGAAACACCUCGAUAUGGUCAGCAAUAAACUGAGCAGGAAUAUUUACCACACCGGACCAAGGGACAUUGCUGAUAUCAGAUCGGAGGACUCAGAUACCGAAAUGAUGCUUGACCCGGAACCUGGGACUGUGAAUGAUCGACAUAACAGAAUCAUGAUAGAUGUCCACCAUGAGGAGGGUGUGACCUCAAGGUUCCCCGUCCCCCCUCCGUCUCUGCUGUUGCCGUCGCAACGUGUCAUUUCUGUUCAGUCUCAAAGUUCCAAAACAAUUUCAACAUCCUUAACAAGUACGGUUUCUUCGCGACAAAUUCCGAACAGUAUAUCCUUGGAUGUGUUAAACAACGGUUCUGAACGGCAGGCAUUCUCUGCUAGUGCUUCACCGACUCAUGGGCAGAAUUGUUUUGAAUUUUCCAAUCCAAAAUGCAAAUCGGAUUGUAACAUACCGUCAAACAGCUCCAAAGUCUCAAAAGAAGCUGCUCGAAGAAUGUUUUUUGAAAGUUUAGAAGACAGUAAUCAACAUCCAUCUAAUGUCAAAUCAAUUAGUGAGAAUAAUAUAGCAAUUAAAAACGAAACUACGCUAAUUUCAAAUGACCUGGCUAAGGAUGCAGUUGGCGAAUCAACAGAAAUUAGCAGAAAACAUGGGUGUUCUUCGAGCGAUAGCGAAACAAAACUCCAUGGAAAAGAUGAUUCGCAUCUAAAAGCCGGACAACCAAAAAAGAAACGAAGGCUGUUUAAAAAAUCUUCAAGCAUGGAUACAUCAGCCGUAAGCAACACAUUAGCAGAUGCAGGGGUUUCAGCUAUAUCGCCUGGGGCUCCCUCGUCUCUCUCACCUUUUGAAUUGUUUGCUGCUGUCAAACGCAGGUUGAAACCAUCAUUGAAACGUUCAUCUUCUCUGUCAGAAGGUCGCAAAGGUGGAACCAUCAGUGAGGACGAUGGCUCAAAAUAUUCCGGCCACGUGGACGCUUAUGCUAGUUCGUCGUAUUCUUCGAGAAAUCAGAGUCUGGGAGAAUCGCCUAUUUCAACUCCCAUGGUGGAUGAGCCACUAACUCCAGAAUCAGGCCGACUCAUACCUCCACCAACACCGCCAAUAUCAAUGAUGAACCGCAAAAUGUUACCAAAGCUUCAGGAGGUUCACGAAGAUGAUCACAAACGCAAAAGCAGAGCGAAGAAAAACGACACCAAGUCCAAAUUCCGUUCCAAAUCAGAGGAAAGAGCUAAAAGUGGACCUGCUUCCCUAACACAGAACGUUGUCUUCCAAGAGGACAUUGCCAGCCCCUCUUCUCAUUCCGCUUUUAGCGAAACGUCUGUAUGAUCUUAUCUAUUGUGUAUUAUUUGUUUACUUCAUUUUGAUUGGUCAAAUUCAUUUUUGUUAAGUGUUAUUCCUUUAAUUUUAUUGAUUGGUCUUGACUUCUUACUCUUGUUUGUUCCUCGUUUUACUUAUAGAUGAGUGUGCAUAUUACAAGUUAAUGAUAUGUAUAUAUAUGCAUUAUUGCUAUAAACGUAUGUAUUUAUUGUUUUAGAACAUGACGUUACAUGUAUGUGCUAACUUAUGCACAGACUUGUGAUGGAAAUUUUAAAGUUUACUUUCCUUUUGAUUGUAGCUGGUAUCAAAAUGAAAUUAUACUUUGAACUUCUAUCUCUUCCCUCUUGCUAGGCAUUUUCGACCCGAACUUUCGUGUCCCACAAGAGGCUAUGGGCAUUUGAAUGACAUCGUCUUUCGUACAUGAAAAAUGUAAAAUAAUUGCAUCUUUAUUUAUUUUUUUGCGAUUAAAGUUAAUUUAUUUUUCCGUUUUGUGUAUAGUAUGAUAGUAUGAUAGAAAGAUUGUUUGAGAUCGUAAACAAAAAUAGAGAUGUUUUUUGUUUUAAAUUUUCUAAGCAUAAUCUAUCGAUUUAAAUAGAAAAAUCAUUUCAUGUUUUGAUUUCUUUAUAUAUAUAUAUAUAUAUAUAUAUAUAUAUAUAUAUAUAUAUAUAUAUAUAUAUAUAUAUUAAGUCUUAUAUUGGUUUCGGUAUCAUAUAACAAGUAAAAUAAGUUCUAAUAUUAGUGCAUUCAUUUGACCGAGUUGUAUAAUUCUUGUUUAAUUGUGUGAUCUAGUAUUGAUUUACUUUCAACUUACACUAUUUUGUAAUUAUAUUCAUAGUGUAUGGUUUUUGUUAUUGGUUGAAACACAUUAUUUGUUUUUAAUAAUUUCAAAACGUACGCGUAUUUAUUAUUAAACUCUAAUUGUAACUUGAUCAGAGUUUUCAUUGAUGAUGAAUUUACACGCAUUUUACCAUUACAUAAUUAUGUAUCUAGACGUAACCAGAGUCUCUGUAGUUUAUUAAUUUAUACUUUAUUGAGUAAAUCUUUAAUGCCAGAAGUUCUGAAUGUGCUCAAUUUCUAACUGAUCACUUUUUUGACAGGAUUUUUUUUAACUACAAAGGAUGGAAGUGCAGUUUAUAUAUAUAUUUGUACAUGUAUAACAAAUAUUAUGAAUUGUGUUUAUUAAAAGUAGUAAACGAAAAUAAAUAAAUCAUGCUCCUGUUA